AUGAACAGACUUGCAAUCUCUAAACUCAUCUCUCGGCCACUCUUGGCUUCCCCCCUGAGGGUCGCUACUCGCAGCUCACACAUCAUUUCUGUCCACCGUGAUACACCAGUAAACAACCCUUCCAUCAUCUUUGAGUUUACCCCCGAGAACCAGAACCGCGCUCGCGAAAUCAUUGCUAAAUAUCCUUCCAACUAUAAGAAGGCUGCCGUCAUGCCUCUGCUCGACCUCGGCCAACGUCAGCUUGGCUUCACCUCCAUCUCCGUCAUGAACUACGUUGCUAAGCUCCUCGAAAUGCCACCAAUGCGUGUCUACGAAGUGGCCACUUUCUACACAAUGUAUAACCGUAACCCCAUGGGCAAGUACCAUCUCCAAGUUUGCACCACCACUCCUUGUCAGCUUUGCGGCUCUGAUAGCAUCAUGGCUGCCGUCGAAGAACACCUCCACAUACACCCUGGUGAGACUACCAAGGAUGGUCUUUUCACUUUCUCUGAGGUCGAGUGUCUCGGUGCUUGCGUCAAUGCUCCUAUGCUUGCUGUCAAUGAUGACUACUUUGAGGACCUGACAGCUGAAGGCACCAAGGAACUCCUCACCAAGCUCCAAAAGGGUGAGCCUGUUACCAUUGGCCCUGAGGGUGGUAAGAGAAAAGAUUGCGAACCUUUCUCUGGUCAGAAGGUUCUCUUAAACAAGGAGCCUUACAAUGUCGCCGACUUUACUCGUGCUGAUCUGUAA